CUUGAAACCUAAAGUCGUGGAACAGAGCACCGUGACAUAUACACUUGGUAAUAGUUUCUUUAAACACUUUCAUUGUUUACUUCUAUAGGCUUUAUUUCUGUACAUGUAAAGUAUCGUUCGAAUUUGAGAUGUCUUAAGCUUGUAAUUAUCAAUCAAAAUUCGUUACUUGAUAGACAAGCUAUAUAGCAAAUUAAAAUGGCAGAAGUUGAAGAAUUUGACUCACAGGGUUGGAAUCAGAUCCACAGAGCAGCUCACGGAGGUUAUAUACUGGAGGUGGACUUCAAUUUGAAUGAAAACAGGGAUUUAUUAGAACUGGAAACAAAAGAUGAUAAGCUGAUGACACCGUUUUUAUGCGCUGUUGACGGGAAUAAAAUGAAAGCAGUGAAAUAUCUACUGGAAAGUGGUGCACGUACGGAUGUGAUAAACGCACAAAAUCACGGAGCUGUGGAAAUAUGUGCAUUAAAGAUAUACAUAGAAAUGCUGAAAUAUCUUAUUGAAAUCGAUAAUCCGAUGAUUCCAGUAUGGAAAAAUUUGAUCCGGUUUUUCGAUUCCGAGAGCGAAGAAGAGGCUGAAGCAGCGGGAAAAUGUCUUCGGGUAUUAACUGAUCGUUUGGAAAAAAGUAAAAUAAAUCCUUCAUGGGAACAGUUUUACAACAACGGCGGUGUAAAUGUAAUUGUUCGUGUUGCUAGAAGUUCGUUAAGUGAUGAAGCAAAAAUUCCAGCAUUUCAGACACUUCUGAAUCUGAUAGAAAGACUAGAAGUGCAAGAGCAAAUUUCGUCAAGUGGCGGGAUUAUCGCAUUUAUAACCCUUCUGAAGUCAACCAAUCACUAUGUUAUACAGUUGUCCGCAGAAAUACUUGAUUCGCUUGCAACAAAUCAAACCUACGCAUUGCAGAUAAGUCAAAACAAUGGUAUUCCGGCUUUAGUUAAAGUUCUUCAAGAUAUCCAUGACUACGAAGUAUUGACCCCAGCAGUGCAUUGUCUUGGUAACCUCGCAGAAUCAGAGACAAAGAUUCAAGCUCAAGUGGGAACGUCGCACGGUUGCAUUCCGCAACUAGUAGUUUUAUUUGAAGAAUUUCAUGAACACAGCUUCUUAGUAACUCUAAGUAACGUUGUAGGAAAAAUUGCAAACAACGACGAAACAAAUCAAAAUAAUUUUAUCAAUGCUGGAAUUGUUCCUCAUAUUAUCUCUCUAUUAAACAUAAGAAGUAGUAAAGAUAUACAAAUGUCUGCAGUGGACACAAUUUACAAACUGUCUAUAGGAAAUGAUUCGACACAGAAGGCUAUGGUUGGGGAAAACAUCCACGAACACAUGCUGAAAAUGUUAAGAGUGACACGCAUUGUUCUUAUCCAAGAAAAGACAGCUCUUGCACUUUGGGCUAUUUCGGGUUCAGACUUCGAUAUAAAGAGAUACAUUGCUGAACAGAUUGGAGCAUUUCUAUUAGUACAAUUCGCAAAUGCUUUAUCUUCAGAUAAACUUCAUUUUAUGGGAUCCGAAUGCUUGUGUAUUUUAGCACAAGGUCCUCUAAACUACCAAACAGAAAUAGCCAAAUCUCACGGAAUACCAGCAUUGCUGAAACUUCUCAGCUCUUCAAAGGUGUACAUUGUAUUAAGUGUUAUACGGACAUUACGAUUUAUUUGUCUUGGUGUGGGAUAUGUGCCAAACCGAAACAAUCAGAAUACGCUGUUACGUUUGGGGGCUAUUAAAAAUCUAAUGGCUUUGAUGGUCCUUUCAGAAGACGAGACCGUACAAAUUGAGGCAGCUAUUGCACUCGCUGCUGUAUCUUUAGGUAACCAGCACGUGCUUGAUGAAAUAAAGAAAUUUCCAGAAUUCACAUAUGUCCGGAUUCUCAAACUUAUGUACUCAUCCGAUCCAAACGUGAGGCUCCUAGCAGGUUUAGCUCUUGCUACAUUUGCAUACAACAACCUGACGGAACAGAAAGAAAUAGCAGAACAAGGAGGUGUUAGGUUCAAUAGUUUCCGACCAUUCCUCCAUUCAGAGACAGAAUUAUUCCGGUGUUUAGGUGCAUUUCAGGUUGUAGUUUUAGCAAGAAUCAUACCGGACACUGAACAGGCUUUAUCAUCUGCUGCUGGAAUCAAAUUAUUAAUAGAUCUCGUUCAAGAUUCAACAGACAACGAGAUUCUAGCGCUAUCUUGCGAUUGCAUUGCCAGACUUUCUCAUACAAGAGCAGGAAUUCCGUCUGCAUUCCUCUCCAUUGACACAGUAGACCAUCUUUGCCACUUACUUCUGAAAAAUGUUGAACAGGUCCGAGGAUGUGCAGCCAUUGCACUUGGUUAUUUGUCAUUUAAUCAUACUGGUGAACGACAAAUACUCAACAGAUGUAGAGCAAAUCCAUAUAUGAUGAAAAUUCUCCUCCACUAUACACAAAGAAGUAAAAUAAGUCCAGCAAUGUUGGAAGGUUGGAGACAUUACAGAAAAGUUGGUCUGCCUCCUAUUGAUGAAGAUCAACAAAAUCUGAUUGGUUAUAACCCACCAGGAAAUGGACCAAUCACACCUAGCGAUGAAACUAAUUAUUCCAGCAAUACCAGUCCAGUUACACAAUAUCUGGCAGGGAAAGAGAGCCGCCUGACCAACAGAACCUCUAGGUCUGGCUCCAAACAACAUGAAGAAGGAACUAUAACAGGGACCCUGCACACUGAAGCAUCCUUUAAGUCCAGUAACCUCUCAUUGGAUUUAGUGGAUUCACUUAGAUCAACUUCUGCAGAUACAAAAUCUUAAGUCCAGUAACCUCUCAU